CGCCGCCAUCUGUGGGUUGGCUGGUUAUUUUGCAAGCGGGAGGGGCCGUGCGCGCUCUUGCCUCAGGCCUCUGUCCCCCACCCCCUUCGCCGGUACCGGUCCCUUCCUCGGAAAGAUGUCGGACACGGCAGUGGCUGACACUCGGCGCCUUAACUCGAAGCCCCAAGACCUGACUGACGCUUACGGGCCGCCUAGUAACUUCCUGGAGAUAGACAUCUUUAAUCCACAGACGGUGGGCGUGGGCCGCGCGCGCUUCACCACCUAUGAGGUUCGCAUGCGGACAAAUCUACCCAUCUUCAAGCUGAAAGAAUCCUGUGUACGGCGACGCUAUAGUGACUUUGAGUGGCUGAAAAAUGAGCUGGAGCGAGAUAGUAAGAUCGUAGUACCACCACUGCCUGGGAAAGCCUUGAAGCGGCAGCUCCCUUUCCGAGGAGAUGAAGGGAUCUUUGAGGAAUCUUUCAUUGAAGAAAGGAGGCAAGGCCUCGAACAGUUUAUUAACAAAAUUGCUGGGCACCCACUGGCUCAGAAUGAACGCUGUCUACACAUGUUCCUGCAGGAGGAGGCUAUUGAUAGGAACUACGUCCCUGGGAAGGUUUAACCAGGACCACUGAAUAGAGAGAAUCCCUGCUUUUCCUACCUGCAUGAAAAAUUUUCUUUUUGGGGAAGGUGGUAGAAACUCAAAACUUCUUUUUUUUUCUAGGCCUACUCCCAGUUUCUCAGCAGUUUUUUGUUUGUUUGUUUUUCCUCUCCCUUGUUGCUUUUCAUGGCGGCCAUCUUAGAGUUUAAGCAGUCCAAUAUGUAGAGCAGGAUGUAUGGGGUUUCUGGGCCCAUCAUCAUGAUGACUGCAAAGUCAAAAAAGCCAUAGGGUAGUAGGGUGCUCCUAUUGCCUAGCCCCUUUCCCUUAAUGGCUCCCUACUCUGGCUGUCUAUAUUUUGCUCAUUAGCUAAUGAGUCAGUAUGGGCCAGCAGUUCUCUCUCCUCAAGCCCUUGUUUCUUUGUGAGUUAGCUUUGUGGGUUUUGAGGGAUAAGAACAACUUAUCACUGCCAGGUGACUUUCUGAAUGGUGGGAGGGGGUCAUGUUUUAGGUUCUUCUUGGUGGUAAGGAAGAGCAACAUCACUUUCCUCCUUCCAUUCCUCCUCUUCAUGUCAUUUAGUGCUGCCCCAAGGGCGGAAGCACACACACCACAUUUUCUCAUUUCUCCUAAGCACUUUUGAGCUGUUGAAUGGGGCUCAGGAGCAAGAGUUGUCUGCUGCCUUCCCCAGCUUGGUCACAGGGUUAUUGACCUGCCUGUACUUGUUUCCUAUGGAACUCCAGUGUUGUUCCCAGAAGCUGAAAUAGGCUAGCAGCUAGGUGUAGAUUUCCUAAAUCUGAGAGGCUAAAGUAGCUUCUUGAGGCUGGCAAGUGUCCUAUGCUGUUGUUUGGGAGGUGGUGGUUUGUUUGCUGGGACUGCUGUCUGUCCAAGUGGUGGGAUGAGAGCAAGUUAAUUCUGGUGCCAGUGGCAAGUUGGGACUCUUGGCUUAGACUCCCUGUCAUGGAAGGAUUUGUGUUUUCUCUGUAGGUCCUUGGGGAAAAGGAUUGCUGAGUCUGGUGUGACCCUGGUCAGAGAGAUCAGGAUUAGAUUUUGACAGGGAACUUGGAGCCCAUCUCAGUGUUGAAGAUCCUUGAGAUAGAUUAUUAGCUCUCUAGCUGCCGAGCCCAUGCUGGUAGCUGAGUAGCCCCUUUCCCACCUCACCAGUGUCGGUGUCCUUGCUGCCUUUUGAUUUGUAUCCUUUGUUACAGAUUUUUUUUUAAGAUUUCUUCUUUCAUUGUGCAUAAGUGCUGAGACUCCGAGGCCCCAUUUCUUCUGUGUAUAUAUCCUGACUUGGGGCUUUUAUUCAGCAAAUUGUUCAUUCUUCUGUCAGACAAUGUCAUAUUCAACUCUGUUCAUAUUAAACCACUGUGAAGCAA